UCGCAUCCUACCUGGUUGGGAGGUGUACUGCCUUCCCACACUCUCCCUUCUCGUACUCACUCACCCGGCUGCUGCUGAGGUGGGAGAAAAAGUCCUGGCUGGGAGAGCUGAGCGGAAAAAGCAAUCCUGAUGGGUUCUUGGAAAGCUGCUCUCUUCUCCCCUUUUCUUUUGUGGAGCCAAAGUAGAGUGGUGAGGCUGAUGUUCUUGUUACUGACCCUGCAUUUGGGAAACUGUGUUGAUAAAGUGGAUGACGAAGAUGAUGAGGAUUUAACAGUGAACAAAACUUGGGUCUUGGCACCAAAGAUUCAUGAAGGAGAUAUAACACAAAUUCUCAACUCAUUGCUUCAAGGCUAUGACAAUAAACUUCGCCCAGAUAUAGGAGUGAGGCCCACAGUAAUUGAAACUGAUGUUUAUGUAAACAGCAUUGGACCAGUUGACCCCAUAAAUAUGGAAUACACAAUAGAUAUAAUUUUUGCCCAAACCUGGUUUGAUAGUCGUUUAAAAUUCAAUAGUACCAUGAAAGUGCUUAUGCUUAACAGUAAUAUGGUAGGAAAAAUUUGGAUUCCUGACACUUUCUUCAGAAACUCAAGAAAAUCUGAUGCACAUUGGAUAACAACUCCUAAUCGUCUGCUUCGAAUUUGGAAUGAUGGACGAGUUUUAUAUACUUUAAGAUUGACAAUUAAUGCAGAAUGUUAUCUUCAGCUUCAUAACUUUCCUAUGGAUGAACAUUCCUGUCCGCUGGAAUUUUCAAGCUAUGGGUACCCUAAAAAUGAAAUUGAGUAUAAGUGGAAAAAACCUUCUGUAGAAGUGGCUGAUCCUAAAUACUGGAGAUUAUAUCAGUUUGCAUUUGUAGGGUUACGGAACUCAACUGAAAUUUCUCACACCAUCUCUGGGGAUUAUAUUAUUAUGACAAUUUUUUUUGACCUGAGCAGACGAAUGGGAUAUUUCACUAUUCAGACCUACAUUCCGUGUAUUCUGACAGUUGUUCUUUCUUGGGUGUCUUUUUGGAUCAAUAAAGAUGCAGUACCUGCAAGAACAUCACUUGGUAUCACCACAGUCCUGACUAUGACAACUCUGAGCACAAUCGCCAGGAAGUCAUUACCUAAGGUUUCUUAUGUGACUGCGAUGGACCUCUUUGUUUCUGUUUGUUUCAUUUUUGUUUUUGCAGCCUUAAUGGAAUAUGGCACCUUGCAUUAUUUUACCAGCAACAAAAAAGGAAAGACUACUAGAGACAGAAAGCAAAAAAAUAAGAGCUCGAUGUCCCCUGGACUCCAUCCUGGAUCCACUCUGAUUCCAAUGAAUAGCAUUUCUCUGCCACAUGGAGAAGAGGAUUAUGGGUACCAGUGUUUGGAGGGCAAAGAUUGUGCCAGUUUCUUCUGCUGCUUUGAAGACUGCAGAACAGGAUCAUGGAGGGAAGGAAGGAUACACAUACGCAUUGCCAAAAUUGACUCCUAUUCUCGAAUAUUUUUCCCAACAGCUUUUGCCCUAUUCAAUUUGGUUUAUUGGGUUGGCUACCUUUAUUUAUAAAUUCUGUUCACUAGGCAAAAAUCAUAAGAAGUUUAACUAAAUCCGAUAAAAUCUACUGCACUUCAGUAACAGGAAGUUUUAAAUUUAAAAUGCAGAAAACCAAUGUAAAAUUAAAACUAUUAAAAUGUAAAACUAUUGAACCAUUCUAUGGCUUCAAAGGUAAAUAAAGUAGCAGCUUUCAUAUUAAUUUACUUAAAUGUAUGUAAAAUAGAUUAGUU